CCAGGAGAGAGCAUUUUAACGUGACAGUGUAGAGCAGACCGCGGUUCGCGCACGACGACACGUCGUGGAAAAGGAAAUCGUUCGAUUUUCAAAUUUAAACGUCUGUCAAACCGUGCGCGUCAAACUUCCCUCCGAAAAAAACUUUUAUUCAGUCUGUGAUUUUUAUUUUAUUUUUUUUAGAGUGACUUUUUGUGCCAGUGAUCAGUGCGAAAUCAUCGAAAGUAAAAGGAGGUGAAACUUUGCAUUUCGAUAAAAAAUGAUCACGCAUUGACGUAAAGACACUACAGAAAAAAUCCAAAAUGGCGGCGCACGCCACAGCUGCGGUGUUGGUUGAGCGGGCUUACAAGCACUAUGGCUCGCCCAAGAAGUCUGAUUACAAGUCGGUGUUGGAUAACUUGAACAUGGUCGUUCAGAGGGGACACAUAUACGGACUGCUAGGCCCAUCAGGGUGCGGCAAGACAACACUCCUCUCCUGCAUAGUCGGUAGACGGAAACUGAACAGUGGAGACAUAUGGGUGCUGGGGGGGAAACCAGGGGAGAAGGGGAGCGGCGUGCCGGGACCCCGGAUCGGAUACAUGCCUCAAGACAUAGCGCUAGUUGGCGAAUUCACAGUCAAAGACGCAGUCUACUACUUCGGACGGAUCUAUGGCAUGCCCAACGACAAGCUAGACGAGCGCUUCCAAUUCCUCUCGAACCUUCUAGACCUUUCCCAUGCUUCGCGGAUGGUGAAGACCUUAUCUGGAGGACAGCAGAGGCGGGUUUCCUUUGCAGCGUCGUUGGUCCACGAGCCAGAGUUGCUGAUACUGGAUGAGCCUACUGUGGGAUUGGAUCCAGUGCUUAGAGAUAGGAUAUGGGACUUCUUAGUGGAAAUAGCGCGAGGCGGCACCGCUGUUAUCAUAACCACACACUACAUCGAUGAGACGCGGCAAGCAAACAGGAUCGGUCUCCUUAGAGACGGCCAGCUGUUGGCUGAGGAAGCUCCCAAUGACCUGCUGAGAAAGUUCGACUGCGAAACCCUGGAGGAUGCCUUCUACAAGCUGGCGCUCCGACAACAGUCGCAGAAUCAACCGACUAGGAGGAGAUCCACCCUAACCCCAGAUGUGGUGCCGGAGCCGGCAGUGAGUGCGGUGGAGAGCGUCCCAUAUGAGUCCAGAGAAGAUUUAACUGUGGUCACCAGUAGCACUGACGUGCUAACGCCAAGUACAAAGCCAUUUAAAUACGUCAGCAAUUACAAAUCUAGAUACAAAGCGGUUUUUAUCAAGAGCAUACAACAGUUCUCGAGGAAUCCUGGGGGGUUAGUGUUCGCGGUUCUGUUCCCCAUCAUCCAAGUGUUAGCCUUCUUCUCCGCCAUCGGCCACGACCCUCGAGACCUUCAGAUAGGAGUGGUCAACGAGGAAGCUUUGCAUUCACCAUACGGCUUAGACAUUUGCAAAAACCAAAGCGUACAGUACAUCACAAUACUGGAAGACGAGAGAUGUCAACAAUACAUGACGAGUUGCUGGUUCCUGGAGGAAAUGAGAAAGAAAGAACUUAUUCCACUCUUCUACGACUCGGCAACCGAAGCGAAGGACGCGGUGAAAAAUGGCAAAGUGUAUGGUUCUCUCCACUUUAGCACCAACUUCAGUGAGGCCCUCAGCAACAGAAUACAGGACUCUGACUUGGCUGAAGAUGAUGUGGACGACAGCAAUAUCGACGUGUGGCUUGAUAUGAGCAAUCAUAACAUAGCUAACUUCAUCAAGGUUCAGCUGUUGAAAGCUUACAAAAACUUCACAAAAAGGACUAUGAGAGCGUGUGGGAAGAAUGACAGAAUGGGCCAGAUUCCAGCUGUUUUCCACGACCCAAUUUACGGCAAGGAGGAUCCGGAAAUCGUUGCGUUCAUGGCUCCAGGAGUUAUGAUCACUAUCGUGUUCUUCUUAUCCGGCAUCGUGACGUCGACCCUCAUGAUCGGGGACCGGCUGGAGGGCGUGUGGGAGCGCAGCGCGGUGGCGGGCGUCAAGGCCAUUGAGAUGCUCAACGUACACAUCCUCAUACAGUCCAUUGUCAUCUUCGUCCAGACGGCAGAAAUGAUGUUCCUUGCAUGGGGCCCCUACGACCUGCCAUCCAAGGGUUCCGUGUUGACAAUAGGGAUCCUCCUAUACCUGCAGGGUCUAAGUGGCAUGUGCUACGGAUUCCUGCUAUCUAUCUACUGUGAUAGCUACAGCGUUGCCUUCUUCGUGGCUACGGGAAGCUUCUACCCUAUGAUUCUGCUGUGUGGUAUAAUGUGGCCUCUAGAAGCCAUGACAGGUGGUCUAAGGCUCUUCGCCCUGACGCUGCCUUUCACAAUCCCUUCGAUCGCCCUUCGAGACAUCAUGCAAAAGGGCUCAGCCAUCACCGAACCGGCUGUGGUGCACGGCUUCCUAGUCACCAUAGCUUGGAUCUUCGUCACCUUGGCGUUAUGUCUUGUGCGACUUAAAUAUAGGAAAAACUAAUAAUGAACCUACAAUGCCAUUGGUUAAGUUCAUUGUAGCUUCGACAGUGACAUUUAUGGAUUUAAAUAUAUUUCAUGUCAAUUUACUGCUCGAGGUGUAAUUAAAUUAAAACCAAGAUUUUAUGAAAAGUAUAAAAACUUUUGCCUUUAACAUGUAUAAUAUUAAUUCUAUGUAAUUCUUACAUAUUGCAAAUUAUUUUUAAUACUUGGUGAAAAUGCAUCCAACGUAUUUAAUAAAUUGUAAGUACUUUUAGGAAUCAGUUUAAUAAAACCAAUCGGGUAUGUAUAUAGUAAAGUUAUGUUCGGGAUAAAUAAGUGGUUUAUAGAUAAGAUAGAUUAAUGAUGAUAGAUAAUAAUGAAAUUUGUAUUCUAAACCCAAAGCCAAGGGUUUUAGCAUUUAUAUAAAUUGGGGAUGAUAGAUCAUUUUAAUAUAAAUGUUGUACACGAAAUAUUAUAGGUACCGAACAUUGUAAUGAUACGCUCAAACUAAGAUGAUAUAAAAAUAGUAUAUAGGGGUAUAUUGUUUAUUUUGGGGAUGCCUAUUUUAAUUUACAUAGUACAGUAUAUUACUGUUAAAACAGAUUUUUGAGUGAUAUAUAGGAUUAUGCAUGUGUUAUGUUACAAGUUGGAUAUAUUUAUAUAUAGAUUUCCUUCGUAUCGAAAUUUAUAUUCGAUGAUUUUAAACCAACUUGCUAUUUAGACGCGUUUACUAAUUUUAGACUGUGGUAUUUCUAAAACGGUGUUAGAAAUGAAAUGUAUAAUAGAGUAGGUUAGCAAGAGAGGUCUAAAAUGUACCAAAAGAUAUUGCCGUAGUGUAGGAUCUCUCGUGAUAUGAAUUUGUGAUUUGUGGGUAUUUAUAAUAAAGUUAAUUUCUUUAAAA